GGAAUCAACCAGAGAGCGAGAGAGAGAGAGAGAGAGAGGGAGAGGGAGAGGGAGUGAAGAAGAAGAAGAAGAAGAAUAUCUCCUCCAAUGGCGGAAGAAUCAUCGGCCUCACAGUCUUCAUCCCAGAAAUCCCCUGAGGAUCCUCUCAAGCAGUUUCAGAUACCAACAUUCUCUGGCUUCCCAGUUUCUCCAAAUGGCAACAUUCAGAUGUUUCCCAUCAUGUACCCUGCACUUGUUCCUGGGUUAAUCUCUCUGCAGAAUCAGGAACAGGUGAAUCGUGGUGCAGGCAUUUAUGCUGUUCCUGUUCCCCCUUUAAUGGGACCCAUUUCUGGACUUCCAUCCAAUGCUCUUAUUCCUCUUACAUACAACAUACCCACUAGAACAAGCUCUUCUGAGGGAGGACCAGUGGGUGAGGAGCAUGGUCAGGUUGGACAGCCGCAGCCGCAGCAGCAACAGCCUGCACCUCAGAGACAAGUUGCUGUGAGGAGAUUUCAAAUUGCAUUUCAGCUUGAUGUGAUGCUUAUACUGAAGCUGAUAGCUGUAGUUUUUUUGUUCAACCAAGAUGGUUCAAGGCAAAGGCUUGUUAUCCUUGUGUUUUUUGCUUCACUUAUCUACUUACACCAAACUGGAGCUCUCACACCAUUUAUACGAUGGCUUUCACAAAGCAUGCAGAGGGCUGCUGCGCCCCCACAACCGCCAAGGCCGGCUGUUAGGGCUGAAAAUGUCCCUGCUGCUGUAAGGCAGGGGAAUGAGAAUGCUGCCCUGGCAGAGGGUCAAGCUGGAGCUGCAGAUCAAAAUCAGCAGGCAGAGGAUGGAAAUGAGGCAAUUGAGAAUGAAAACAUUGCAGAAGGUGGUGGGGGCGAUGGUGGCAACCACUGGUGGGGAAUUGUAAAAGAGAUCCAGAUGAUUGUUGUUGGUUUCAUUACUUCCCUUCUCCCAGGCUUUCACAAUGUAGAUUAGAUCAUACUAAUAUCUCACUGAGUACUUAGAUUCCAGAAAUCUCAUUAUCAGUGUGGUGUGUUCGGUUUGUAGGAGAUUAAUUGACAGAAAAAAGAUGUGAUGGAGGCGUCAUUUUGCCUCUCUUUUGGAAAAUUUCCUCAGAUUUUUAUUUUUCUUAUGUUGUAUUAAUGAAAGCAAUAUUUUUCAAUCACUUGAAUAUUUGCUUCAUUCAAUUCA